AUGCGAACCUCAACAUUGAUUUUUGUCUGCAACAUUGCUCUUGUGAUAGUCUCAAUUGCUGGGCUUUGUUUGACCUCAUCUAUCUUCGAUUUCAUUGUUGUUUCUAAAUUAUAUUAUACAGUUCCAGAUCAUAAGGUUCUUAUAAGCCCCCGAUUGGCUUUUCUACUCUUUCCGUCAUCAACUCUCUCCCUACUGAUUGCCUUCCUUUCACUAAUUUUCCUAUCAGCUGGCCAGAGAAUUAUCAAAUUUGCGGUGGACAACCAAAUGAUUCUCUCAUUCUUUCACGCCGCAAUCAUGGGCCUUGCAGCAGCACUCUCCGCAUAUGUCAGUUUCGUUUGUAUUCAAAAUGCUAACGAUAUUUCUGGAUAUGCCUUCUUCGCCACUCCAGCACAAUUCCAACAAGCUUCUUUCUGGUACUACACUAGACUUCGAGCACUUGUGGUCAUCUCCAUAGUUCAAGCACUUCUAAAUGGAACUAUCGUGUCUGUAUUAUAUUUGGGAAUUAGCUGCAAGUAUCGUACUUUCGUCCAGUUGUCCGAGAAGCCAACCCAUCCAGAUCUUGUCGAAAGAACUACAUAUUUUGCUUGA